AUGGAGAGAAAUAUGUACAUUGCUCCACUGAACAUUUCUUCCAGAGGUGCUACACUGAUAGAUGAAAUUUCCCAUCAUUCCACCUCAAAUCCUCUCAGUCAAUGCUACUCACUUGACCUUAAUAACCAAUCCCACAUCAUAAAUGGAAUUUCAAUGCUUUCUGGAGAGCAAGGUGAACCCAUAAGUAAAGCCCAUGCCGAUGCUUGCUUCAUUAAUCCAUCAAUUAUUGCUGACUCUAGUCCAUUAGUUACAUCACAAGGAAAGACUAUUGCGGGAGAUACCUCAAAUCCCAUGGAGAACACUGAGUUUCAAGAGCAUUUAGUUGGAGGAAUGCCACUCACUCCUGCUUCGCUUGCUGCAAUUCUUGCUGCUGGAAUAGGUCUUGAAGAUAAUUUGGAGAAUUCGGCAGCCCUGCCUCCUUCAAUCAGCUCAAUGGGGGCACUGGGGGCAUUCUUCAACAAUUUGCAAGGUACUUCAAACCCUUUUUCUGGAAAUUUUGAGGACUGUGGUUACAAUGAAGUUCCUAGUAAAUGGGAUGCUAACAAAUUUCAUAAAGCUCCAGAGAUUGAUGGAACUUGUCAGCCUUGUUCUUCUAUAUCUAACUUGGAUCUAAAUGAAUGGGCAACAUCUAACGUUGCAAGCAUGGCAAAUAAUGCUUACCAUGCCUCUAACUUCAGUAAGGAACUUUCUCUAAGUCUUGCAACAUCUACAACCGGAGGACAGUGCUCGGAGAUGAGUUGCUCUAACAUGACCCCAUGCAUGAAUGGAACCAUUUCCUGCAGCAGCAGCAGCAGCAGCAGGAGUAGGGAACUUGCUAUGAAUUUGGGUGGUAAUAAAUAUUUACAGUUUUCACCAGAAGUAUUGGAAUCGAGAUACCUUGUUGGGAUUCAAGAGAUACUAGAUCAAAUUGCAAGAUAUUCAUUUGAAAAUCUAGAACAGUUAAAUUAUUCAGCACCUGGUUAUAGAGCAGGUGGAAACAAAUCAGCACCCAAGAGAAAUAUCUUGAGAGAUCACAAUGCAAAUUCUAUGUACGAAUCUCCUGCAGAGUCUCCAUUGCAAAGGCAUGCUGCUGAAUCAAAGAAAGCUCAACUGCUGACACUUCUACAACUGGUGGACAAUCGAUACAGCCAGUGUUUGGAUGAGAUACAUACUGUUGUAUCUGCAUUCCAUGCCGCUACAGAGCUGGACCCGCAAAUACAUGCACAUUUUGCUCUUCAAACCAUCUCUGUUCUUUACAAGGAAUUACGAGAGAGAAUUAGCAACUACAUUCUUUCCAUGGGAUCAAAUUUCAAAAAAUCGUGCUCAGAAGAGAAUGAAUGGUCUGUUGAAACUUCAUUCCUUCAAAAGCAAUGGGCUCUCCAGCAGCUGAAAAGAAAAGAUCAGCUGUGGAGGCCCCAGAGAGGCUUGCCAGAAAGAUCUGUCUCAGUUCUACGGGCUUGGAUGUUUCAGAAUUUCCUUCACCCGUAUCCUAAAGAUGCAGAGAAACAUUUACUUGCAGUAAAAAGUGGGUUGACUAGAAGCCAGGUAUCCAAUUGGUUUAUAAAUGCUCGUGUUCGGCUGUGGAAACCUAUGAUUGAAGAGAUGUAUGCUGAAAUGAACAAAAGAAAGGCUUGUCGAAAUGAAGAAGGAAUACAGAGUAACCAUGGAAACAGGAUAAGCAUGAGUAAUCAAAGGUUUAAUGUUAACUAA